AGAAUGAAGGUCCUAUUGAUCUUCUGCCUGACGGCAACAGCCUUAGAUUGCCAAAAACUGACAAAAUUCGGAUCACCCUUAUUGCAAGACGUUGGAAAGCCUUUAUUUCUAACCUCCUAUUUGGAAGCGAAUAGAAUUCAAGAAGCACGUGAAGCUGCCCAAGUGAAAUUAGAAACUUUUGAAAAUAUUUCCAGUUAUUCUGGUUACUUGACUGUCGACAAGAAGAACAAUGGAAAUUUAUUUUUCUGGUUCUUCAAAUCCGAAAGUAACUACGAAGAAGAUCCUGUCUUAGUUUGGUUGCAAGGUGGCCCUGGAGGUAGCAGUUUGUAUGGGCUUUUUGUUGAGAUUGGUCCCUUUGGAGUAGAAAAUGGAACAUUGGUGUUACGUGAUUUCUCCUGGCACAAGAACCAUUCAGUUUUGUACAUAGACAAUCCUGUUGGAACUGGAUUUAGUUUCACUGAUGGUGAUUACGUAACAAACCAAACACAAGUGGGAGACCAUCUUUAUAAAUUCCUCACUCAAUUCUUCACAAUGUUUCCAGAAAUUCAAAAGAAUGAAUUUUAUAUUUCGGGAGAAUCCUAUGCGGGGAAAUACGUGCCUGCUAUUGGGUACACCAUACAUAAAAAUAAUCCAACAGCAAGUGUAAAAAUUAAUUUAAAAGGCUUUUUAAUUGUUAAUGGCCUCAGUGAUCCAAGGCAUCAAUUCCAGUUUGGAGCUUUACUUUACCAGUUAGGUUUAAUUGAUAAAAAAGCAGCUGAUCUUUAUAAAAAUUAUGAAAGUUUAACUGCUCAAAGUAUAGAUAUGGGAAUAUAUGAUUUUGCAACUUAUUCCUGGGCACAGCUUAUUGGAACACUGUUUAAAAAAUAUACUGCAUUGCCUAAUAUUUACAAUUUUGCUUCGGAUGUGGAUGACAGUCCCACAGAAUGGCAAGAUUUCAUUAAAACGGCCGAGAUAAGAAAAGCCCUCCAUGUAGGAAAUCGAACGUUCGAAGAUCCAAGUAACCCAGUUUAUGAGAGCCUCUCGAACGAUAUCCCGAAAAGUGUGGCUCCUUGGGUUAGUGAACUUUUAAGUUACUACAGACUCCUAAUAUUUAACGGCCAACUGGACGUUGUCGUCCCUUAUUCCUCCACGGUAAACUAUCUCCAAAAUUUGAAUUUUAGUUCGAGUGCCGAAUACGCAAAGGCAGAAAGGGAACUUUGGUAUGUAAACAGCAUAAUAGCUGGAUAUGUCAAAAAUGCUGGAAAUUUGACAGAGGUUUUGGUUAGAAACGCUGGCCAUAUGGUACCCAAAGAUCAACCAGAAGCUGCGUACGAUUUGGUGUAUAAAUUUAUUAGAGGAAAGGCGAUAGGUGUAAAAUAAA